AAUCUCAAAAUCUACACAUUGCAGCUUUUGUUUCGAUACAGUCUCUCUCGAUCAUUUCAAGGAUGGCUGAAUCAAUUCCAUUUGCUGUUUCUUCAAAUCUCAUUCACAGGUUGGCCUCCGCAGAUUUUCUUGAAUUUGGACAGGAGUAUGAUGUGAAAAAAGAGUUGGAAGAGCUUAAGAAGACAAUUGAAUCUAUCAAUGAUGUCCUCCUUGAUGCUGACCAUAGACAAGAACAAGUUCGUGUGCGUAAUUGGAUAUCUGACUUCAAAGAAGUACUCCAUGCUGCAGAUGACUUCUUAGAUGACCUUGCUAUCGAAUUUAGGAGAGGCAAAUUGGGUGCAGCCGAAGGAAAAGAAAUAAACAGGGUACUUCGUUCCAUUUCAUCUUCAAAUCAACUUCCUUUAUACAAUGAAAUGCCUGGCAAAAUUAAGGAAAUACGAGAAAGUUUUAACGGUGUGGUAAAAGAAAUGAAGGAUUUGAAUUUAUACCCAAGAUCUAUUGUGGUCACGCAAACUGAUAGUGGAUGGAGGGAAACAUGUUCUUUUGUGUUAGAGACAGAUAUCAUUGGAAGAGAUGAUAGUAAAAUGGAGAUUAUUAGUCUGUUGAGACAACCUCAUGAAAACCAUAAAGUUUCUGUGAUUGCCAUUGUUGGCAUUGGUGGCUUGGGGAAGACAGCUCUUGCUCAAUUAGUGUAUAAUCAACAGGAAUUGCAGGAAUUUUUUGAGAUGCAAAUGUGGGUGUGUGUCUCUGAUGUAUUUGAUGUGAAAACUAUUCUGAAGAAAAUAUUAGAAUCAAUUACUGGUGACCAAGUUGAAGACAAGUUAUCAUUAGGCAACUUGCAAAGAAAACUUCAUGAAAAAAUAAGUGGUAAGAAAUAUUUGUUGGUCCUGGAUGACAUUUGGAAUGAGAGACAUGACAAAUGGGCUGAAUUGAGAAAGUACCUGAUGUGUGGUGCCCAAGGUAGUAAGAUUUUAGCGACAACUCGAAGUGAAAAUGUAGCAAAGUCAAUGACUACUAGCACUUCCUAUCCUUUGAAAGGUUUGACGGAUGAAGCAUCGUGGAGUUUGUUAAAGAAUAUUGCAUUUGAGGAUGAUUCCGAAGGAGUGAAUCAAAAUCUAGAAUCAAUGGGGAAAGAAAUAGCCAAAAAAUGCAAAGGGGUUCCACUAGCAGUUAAAACGCUGGGAGGCCUGUUACGGGGACAAAAGGAAGAAAGGGAAUGGGAGAAUGUUUCACGUGGUGACUUCUGGAAAUUAUGUGAAGAGCAAGAUAGUAUUAUGCCAAUUCUAAAACUCAGUUACCACAACUUGUCGCCAGAAAUGAGACAAUGUUUUGCUUAUUGCUCUUUAUAUCCCAAGGAUUCAAGAAUUUCAAAGAAUAAGUUGAUUAAGUCAUGGAUGGCACAGGGUUACCUUAAAUGUUCAACUGAAAAACAGCACAUGGAGGAUGUCGGUAAUCAAUUUGUAAAGAUGUUUUUGAUGGACUCAUUUUUUCAAGAUGCAGAAAGUAAUGACUAUGGUGAGAUCAUUCUUUUCAAAAUGCAUGAUUUAAUUCAUGAUCUUGCAAUGCUUGUUUCUGGCAAUGAUUGCUGUUACUUGGAUAGUAAGGCGGAGAAAGUUGAAGGUAGACCCAUGCACGUAUCAUUGGAAUCUGAAGAGGCCAUUCAUUUGUUGAAAUCAUUAGAUCCGAGCAGACUGCGAACUUUGAUUUUGCCGUAUGACUUGAAAGAGGAGGAAUAUUUGUCGGUUAUUGCAAAGUUCAAAUACUUACGUGUCUUGAGGAUGUCAUCUUUUCCUUUCUACAGAUUGUUUGAUUCAAUUGGAAAAUUCAAGCAUUUAAGAUAUCUUGACAUAACUGAUGAUUACAACUUGAGUGGGAUGCCAGUUGGGUUGGGAAAGUUGUGCUGGUUGCAAUUCUUAUCAAUCUUUGUCGUGGGAGACAGCCAAGAAACAAAAUAUGGCACAUUAAAUGAAUUGAAAGACUUAAACCUGAGAGGAAAAUUAAAAAUUCGGGAUCUCGAUCGUGUCAGAGACGUGGCUCUGGAAUCACAUGAUGUAAAUUUAAAAGAAAAAAAAUUCCUUCGUUCCUUGACUCUAGAUUGGUCGUAUGAAAAGAUCAUCGGUAACAGUUUACAAUUGUUAGAAAACCUUGAGCCCCACCAUAAUCUUAAGCAAUUGACUGUGCAUGGUUAUCCAGGUAUGCGUUUCUCAGAUUGGCUCUCUCUCCUCACAAAUAUUGUUCACAUCUCUCUCUCCGACCUUUGUAAUUGUGGUUGUCUCCCACCGUUGGAACGUCUCCCUUACCUGAAGUCACUUAAGAUUGACUGUUGUUUUGAAUUGGAAUACAUAUCUCUCUACGAAGAUGGUUUUGCAGUAACCUUCUUCCCCUCUUUGGAUAGCCUCAAAUUAUUUGAUUGUCCCAAGCUCAGGGGAUGGCGGAGGCGGGGAGAUGAUAUCAGUGAUUCACAUAAUCUCUCCUCAUCUCUUUCAUUUCCUCGUCUUUCUCAGCUGCAACUCUAUCUCUGUCCACAGUUGACUUGCAUGCCUACUUUUCCAAACGUUAAGGAUUUAAGAUGGCGUUAUAGCAGUGCGGAGGCAUUAAUAGGAACACUAAACACAACUAGAACAGCGUUAACAUGUUCAGCUGAAUCAUCUUCCUCCGCUGCUCCUCUUUCCAUGCUCAGAGAAUUGGGCAUAUCUGCUGAUCCAAUGAAUUUACCAAAAGGUUGGAUGCAAAAUCUGACUUCUCUCGAGUCUCUUGAAAUUGAACGGUGUGACAGUGAAACACUUGAGGAAUUUGAAACUGGGUUCAAGAACGACACCAACUGCCUUCCUUCUCUGCGAAAAAUCAGCAUAUAUGAGUGUGAAAGGCUAAAGGCUUUGCCAGAUUGGAUUUGCAACCUCUCAUCGCUUCAGCACAUCAGGAUCUACGAUUGCCCAAAUUUGGCAUUGCUCCCCGAUGGAAUGCGUGGUCUUACCGACUUAAAGAUCUUUGAGGUCAUCUAUUGUUCCCUCUUACUUAAAGAAUGCCAAACAAAGACUGUUAGUCGCCAAAUCGCACACAUCCCACAAAUCAUCCUUCGUGGUGAUUAGUGAUGAUAAAGGAAACCAGGACGAAUAGUAUCAGGCUCACAAUGUAUGGAUGGAUGAGAACUGCUAUCAAACUUAGUUAUUUUGAGUUAUGUAUUGGAUAUUUUCAGUUCUAUAUCAUCCUUUUAAAACAGUUGUAAAACUACUAUUUCUUUUUUGUUGCUGAUGAAAGUUUUAGGAUCUUUGUUUUUCUAAAAGUACUCAUGAAUUAAUGAAAUUUUACUCUAUGAACCUUAUAUCAU